AUGGAUGUUCCUCUGCUCACCAAGAAGAUUGUAAAGAAGCGUGUUAAGCAAUUCAAGAGGCCCCAGAGUGACCGGAAGGUCUCUGUGAAGCCAAGCUGGCGUAGACCCAAAGGUAUUGAUUCUCGGGUGACGAGGAAGUUUAAGGGCUGCACUUUGAUGCCCAACAUAGGGUAUGGCUCAGACAAGAAGACCCGCCCUUACCUUCCCAAUGGCUUCAAGAAAUUUCUGGUGCACAACGUCAAGGAAUUGGAAGUGUUGAUGAUGCAAAACAGGACAUACUGUGCAGAAAUCAUUCGAUGGGAACAUGAAAUUAAGUAUCGGCAUCGGAUUGGUUGGAUAGGUCAUAUCGAAUCGUUAUCAGCUGAUACUAUUCCUGAUACCUGA